UGUGGCCCCGCAACUCCCAAACGCCAAGUUUUCGCGGGAAAAAAAUCAGAGCAGCUGGCAGCGCAGCGGGCAGUGGUGGCUGUCCGGGGCCUCGGGAUCGCACGCACGUCCGCGCGGGGUCCCAGCCACACACGCGGUUCCUUUGCCAUCCUCAGAAGGGCCGGCGCACAAUCAGCAGGCACCAUGUGGAUCCAGGUUCGCACCAUGGAUGGGAAGGUGGCCCACACUGUGGACUCCUUGUCCAGGCUGACUAAAGUGGAAGAGCUGAGGAAGAAGAUCCAGGAGCUGUUCCAUGUGGAGCCAGGCCUGCAGAGGCUUUUCUACCGGGGCAAGCAGAUGGAGGACGGCCACACGCUGUUUGACUACGACGUCCGCCUGAACGACACCAUCCAGCUGCUGGUCCGGCAGAGCCUCGUGCUGCCUGCCCCCAGCGGCGGUGGCACCGGGGGCAGCAAGGAGAGGGACUCUGAACUCUCCGACACGGACUCCGGCUGCUGCCUGGCCCAGAGCGAGUCUGACAAGUCCUCCAACAGUGGCGAGGCCGCGGCCGAGCCGGAAGGGAAGGCCGACGAGGAUGAGUGGGAUGAGACGGAGCUGGGCCUCUACAAGGCUGGCGAGUACGUGGACGCGAGGGACACGAACAUGGGCGCGUGGUUUGAGGCCAAGGUCAUCAGGGUGACGAGGAAGGUGCCGGCCCAGGAUGAGCCCUGCAGCUCCACCUCCAGCCCGAAGCCGGAGGACGACAUCGUCUAUCAUGUGAAAUACGACGACUACCCGGAGAACGGAGUGGUGCAGAUGAACUCACAGAACGUCCGGGCUCGCGCCCGACACAUCAUCAAAUGGCAGGACCUGGAGGUGGGCCAGAUGGUCAUGGUCAACUACAACCCUGACAACCCCAAGGAUCGCGGCUUCUGGUACGACGCGGAGAUCCUGCGGAAACGUGAGACCCGGACGGUGCGGGAGCUGCACGCCAACGUCAGGAUCGGGGACGAUUCUCUCAACGACUGUCGGAUCAUCUUUGUGGACGAGGUUUUCAAGAUUGAACGCCCUGGUGAGGGGAACCCCAUGGUGGAAAACCCGACAAGAAGGAAGAGCGGGCCCUCCUGCAAGCACUGCAAGGACGAUGAGCGGAAGCCGUGCCGCAUGUGCGCCUGCCACCUGUGCGGGGGCAAGCAGGACCCCGACAAGCAGCUGCUGUGCGACGAGUGCGACAUGGCCUUCCACACGUACUGCCUGUGCCCGCCGCUCAGCAGCAUCCCCACCGAGGAGGAGUGGUACUGCCCCGAGUGCCGGAUCGACUCCAGCGAGGUGGUGCAGGCAGGCGAGAAGCUGAAGGAGAGUAAGAAGAAGGCAAAGAUGGCGUCGGCCACGUCGUCCUCUCAGCGGGACUGGGGCAAGGGCAUGGCGUGCGUGGGCCGCACCAAGGAGUGCACCAUCGUGCCGUCCAACCACUUUGGCCCCAUCCCAGGCAUCCCCGUGGGCACCAUGUGGAGGUUCAGAGUCCAGGUCAGCGAGUCUGGGGUCCAUCGACCUCACGUGGCAGGCAUCCACGGCCGGAGCAACGAUGGGGCGUACUCCCUGGUCCUGGCUGGAGGGUAUGAGGACGAUGUGGACCACGGGAACUCGUUCACAUACACAGGUAGCGGUGGACGAGACCUUUCCGGUAACAAGCGGACUGCAGAACAGUCCUGUGAUCAGAAACUCACCAACACCAACAGGGCGCUGGCUCUGAACUGCUUUGCCCCCAUCAACGACCUCAAAGGGGCCGAGGCCAAGGACUGGCGGUCAGGGAAGCCGGUCCGGGUGGUGCGGAAUGUCAAGGGCCGCAAGCACAGCAAGUACGCCCCCAUCGAGGGCAACCGGUACGACGGCAUCUACAAGGUGAGUGGGGGCCCCCGUGCCUGUCCCUCGCCCCUGGCCCCCAGGUCACUGACCCCACGCUUCUUCCCGCAGGUCGUGAGGUACUGGCCCGAGAAAGGCAAGUCCGGCUUCCUGGUGUGGCGCUUCCUCCUGCGCAGGGAUGACGUCGAGCCGGGACCCUGGACCAAGGAGGGGAAGGACCGGAUCAAGAAGCUGGGGCUGACCAUGCAGUACCCAGAAGGCUACCUGGAGGCCCUGGCCAGGAGGGAGAAGGAGAAGGAAAACAGCAAGAGGGAAGCCCUGGAGAAAGAGGACGACGCAGAGGAGGACUUCACGUCCCCCAGGAAGGGCAAGCGGAAAAGCAAGUCGGCUGGCGACGGGUCCUCGCGAGGGGCACCCAAGAAGACCAAGGUGGAGCCCUACAGCCUCACCACCCAGCAGAGCAGCCUCAUCAAGGAGGACAAGAGCAACACAAAGCUGUGGACGGAGAUCCUGAAGUCACUCAAGGACGGGCCGAAAUUCCUGAGCAAAGUGGAGGAGGCGUUCCAGUGUAUUUGUUGCCAGGAGUUGGUGUACCGCCCGAUCACGACCGUGUGCCAGCACACCGUGUGCAAGGAUUGCCUGGACAGGUCCUUCAGGGCCCAGGUGUUCAGCUGCCCGGCCUGCCGCUAUGACCUGGGCCGGAGCUACACCAUGCACGUGAACCAGCCGCUGCAGGCUGUCCUCAACCAGCUCUUUCCUGGCUACGGGAGCGGACGGUGAUCCUCAAGCACUUCUCGCCGGGUGUUUUUUUAAAAAAACGUUAUCGGGGGGGUCUGUGGCCCCCAUUUUGUUUUUAGUGAGCUUAACUUAAACAUGUAGUUUCUCCUCCACUCCCUAAAAAAAAAAGCCUCGUCUUCCCGGUUUGGGUUUUUUUUUUUUUUUUUGAUCUAUAAAAUUUUUUCAGGAAUUUGUAUUGUGGCUCAAAGGAAGGAAGUCGGACUUCUCCGUGUUUUUAUUUUGGUUUUAAAAAUAAAUAAAUAAAUAAAAAGCCUGCAAUUUAUCAGUGGGAAAAAAAACCCCAAAAACCAAAAAAAAAAAAAAAUUGUUUUUCUUCUGAGGAUGGAAUUAGAAACAACUUGGCGUGAAGGCCACUGAAAUUCCCAGCAUCAGGUUCUCAGCUGUUCUGGCCACCGACUCACAAGACGGCGCCAGGCUGCCUAGAACAAUCUUUUCAAGGUUGGUGGGUCAGGCCCCCAGAGGUGAAAUCCCGCCUGGCGGUGGCCCUGGGUGUGGUGUUGGCCCUGCAUCGCCGGCAGGAAAGUGUUCAAAGGAAAAGCUGUUCAAAGGAAAAGCGGAGAAGUCCCGUUGGGCCCAGUUGAACCCCCCUGCCUCCAAGCCAUCCCCCACUGGGCUGCUUCUGCGUCCCCACCGGCCACCCGAGCAGAGAGCUGGGGCCACACCGAAGCUACCUCCGCUGGACUCUUCCCCUCCAUGGGGGCUGAUGGGCGGCCCAGCGAUGUCCCCUCUGGACGCCAUGGAAGCAAACGCCUGGGGCCACGUUCAAGUGCCUUUGGUCCCUCCUUCCUUCUUCAACGCGGGGCUCUUUCUCAGCACUGGAUUGUUGACAGUGCCAACCAGAAUCUCACACUGUGGUCCUCCAACGCCUCCCUGGAGACCCCGGGUGAGCGAGUGGGGACGAUGGGACUUUUGUCGAUCCUCGAAGUUGAAUUUUCAACUCGCCAAUUGGGAAUUACAAGAGGGAAACGUUUAAAAAAAAAAAAAAAAAACCUUUCUAAAUGAAAUUUUUUUUGUAGUUACUGUAUAUGUACCGAGAAAGCUAAUAACUUAGGGUUUGGUUGUGUUUUUUGUGAGGGGGGGGAGUUUUGUGUUUUUUGGAAUGAUUUGUUAAUGUUUCUAACUUGACCAAAGUUUGCAGCUUAUACCUCAACAGAACAGGGAUAUUUUAAAUCACAUAACUGCAGACAAACUGGAGCGAUAUUGUUUUAAAAGUUUCUCUUUUUUUCCUUAUUAUUAGGUGGUUAAUGUAUUAGGAAUAAACGACGAAAUCCUGUGUAGGCUUUUUCUAUGAAGUUCAAUAUUCUCUGUCCAGGUUUUAGAUUCUCAGAAUAAAUGCCUUUUACAGAUGAA